CAUGUAUAGGCCUUUUUAGAACAAGAAAGUGAUGCUUUUCCCACGGGGCAUAUUAGGAGAAGUGAAGAACAAUGAACAAAUUAACUACCUAAUGUGCAAAUGCUUGUUAGGCAGGAAUCAGAUUCCAAUCAGUCAAUAAGACUGCAAAAAAAGGAAAUGAAUUAUCCAUAAUCUUUCCAAUUCAUAGAAAUCCAGCAUCUCCUUCCUAGCAUUUGGCUCUGCACAGAAAAAAUCUUCCUUUCUUCAUGACUCAGAAGUUAUGUUGCAUGGUUAUGAGGAUUAACAUAGAUUGCAGAGGAUGUUACAUGAAAGUAAGUCGGGCACUUCUCACAAUACCAGAGCUGGAGACAAGAUUCAUAGAGAAAAAUCACAGCAGAGUAAUUGUUUGUGGGAAUUUUGUACCACAAGAUGUGGCCAUCAAAAUAAGAAAGAAGACAAAUCGGAGAGUUGAAAUAUUGGAGAUACAAGAUUUAAGUGCCAAUGACGAUGAUCUAAAGCAAGAGCAAAUGCCCCAACUAAGCUCUAAUUGCCACAACCAAGCUGAAGCAGAAACACAUGUAACACCACAAUAUCCACAACCACACACGUACUUUCAAGUUUUCACCUAAUUAAAAACAAUUGUCUAUUUGUAGUCGCUUUUUGUUUUAGAAUAUUAAUUUCUAGUGUCCACUGCAACACUGGGUUCAGAUCUUUCCAUUUUGUCUAAUUAUUGAUUUAUUGUGGAUUGACAGCGUAACUAUUUUUUAUAUUGUUAAUGCAUUUUAACUUGUUAUAGCA